AUUUCAAUAAAAUUCGUCAUUUUCAAGGGAAAAAUAGCAAUUUUCGAAGAUGUCUCCGAUUCCGAAAUACACGGAUGAGGAAUUCAAGAAAGCCUAUGAAAUGGCAAAAAAAGGCAAUUCCAUCCGGCAAUCCGCAUUCGCUUAUGGCAUUCCCGUGUCGACGCUUCGUAAGGCACUGGUCAAAGGAGUUCUUCCGAACACGGACAAGCACGCUUUGGCGCAACAACUUUCCGUUUUGACGCCCGAGGAGGAAAAACGGUUGUACGAUUGGAUGUUAAAGUGCGGGGAACGAGGACAUCCACGAACAUCGAAGCAAAUUCUCACCGCCGCCUACGAGUUGUCGCUCGAAAGCCCCCGGCCAAAUAACUUUCCGAACAGCAAACCGUCGAAAAUGUGGUUGAUGCGAUUUUUCCGGCGCGUGCAGGAACGUCACAAUAUGCUUUGUUUGAACAUUAUGCGGCCGUCGUCACUCGUUUCGGAUUACUCGUUGCAACGAAAUCACGAACGAUUGGAGGAAUAUUUGAAGAAAAAUGGUCUCGACGAGGUUUUGGAGACUCCGGAACGGAUUGGAAGUUGCGACGAUGUCUUGAUAAAUUUAAUUGCUGGGCAUCGGGAUGACAAAAAUUACGGCGUUGACGUUUACAACUCGAUUGAUGUCAUUUUUACGGGCUUGGCGAACGGAAAAAUGCUCACAUCGCACAUAAUUUACAAGGAAAUUCAUUUUAAGGACUUACCAUCGAAAGUUGAACUGUCGCAUGGGGCUUCGGAAAAUGGAUUUUUGAAUGCGGAAAAUUUUUUGGCCUAUUUGAAGAACGUGGUUGUCCGAUUUUUGGAGGAAAAUUCCAUUAAACGCCCAUUUUUGUUGUUUAUCGACGACAUUGGAGCCACUUUGGACAUUGCGGUGUACGAAUUUUGCGAGGAACAGCAGAUUUUUCUCGUCACCGCGUAUCCGAAUGACGUUUGGGUCCUCACGCCGCUGGAUUGUGGUCCAAUUCACAAAAUUAAGACAAUGUGGAAUACUUUUUUGUACGAAAAACGCAUGAAAAGUGUCAUUCCCCGUAAUUUCGGGGCAAUUUUCGCGGAUUUCACGAAGGAUUUGAUGAACGACAACACGGGCGACGUAAAAGCAGCGCUCAAAAACGGCUUUAAGGACACGGGAAUCUUCCCGUGGGACAUCAACUGCAUCGAUAUGAAUGCAAUGACGACUUUUUCGCGCACCCGGAAGGAAAAUGAGAACAAACAGCAUUACGGGCAUCUCGAAACGCGUUAUGUAUGCACCCCAAACCCGAUUCGGAGGAGGAGGAAGAAGAAAAUGACAACGAAAUGUCGAUAAAAUCGCAUGAAAGUUCGCGUGAAGCAAGUCCAGAGCCCGUUAAAGUCGAGGAAGUGCAAGAAAACUCACCGAAAAACGCAUUUAGUGACAACAAAAUUUGUCGCAUAUGUCUCGGGGUGUUCGAAAAU